AUGACUAACCUAACGUCAGUAUUCCAGGAAUACGUGAACAUAAUCGAGGGAGAUGGUCAGCAAGAGAACAAUGCCCGAACUGAUGCUAAAGAGACAAAAAAGUAUAUUCUGAAGGAUUCAUUCAUUAAAGAAUGCCAACAGCUGCUCAGGCUAUUGAUUGAGCUGCGCAAAGUGCUGAAAUCGGUGGAACCGAAAUAUAUGAGUGAAAGGGAUAUGACAGAGAGUGAUAAGGACGACUUUGACACCGAAUUUAGGUUACAAUUCCACCAAUAUGUACAGAAAUUCAAACUGCUGGAAAACUACGAGAAUAAGAGACAAGAGCUGGUCAUCCAAAAGUUUCUUACACCCCAAGCACAUAUGAUUCAUUUAUUCCAGGGAAGUGCGGAUCCAAAAAUGUCUCUGUAUUACCAUGCAAAUAAUGAUUUUAGAUCGGGAGUUUUGAAAUCGCUGAGUAUGUGGCUGAGCAUAGUGUCUUCGCAGUUUUCUACAAUGCAACAGGAGCGCCUGGUGUCCCAGAGGAAAUUUGAGACUCUGGACCUAAACUCUGGGCCAGGAGAACCUGAUGACUUGGUUAGCGUCAGCUCGGUAUCACAGAGCCAUCUGGUUGAAAGCACACAGGAUGAAGUCAAAACAUAUGAGGAUACAAUAUCGAAGUUAACUCAAGAACAGCUACAGAUGCUGGAAACCGAGCAUGAGGAGCUUCUUCAUCAGAAAAAUGAGCAAUUAAAAAAAGUUGAAAAGAUAAACAAGACAAUAUUGGAUAUAGUGUCACUUCAGAGCGAUAUCUCUGCCAAUCUCCAAGUGCAAUCACAGAACAUUAACAACAUACUAGAUAGUCAAGAAGACAUAGACCUCAAUAUCAAGGAAGGCAAUAAGCAAUUGACCAAAGCAAAGAGAGCAGCAGGACGUACUGCUAAGAUGACCACCAUAAUUGGCAAUAGUACUGGGAAUACUGAUCAUAUUUCUUGA